UAGUCUUGUGUUUGUCUGACCCAACCCACUAGUGCUUCCAGAUCUCCUAUAAAAAGUCUCGUCUCUGCUGUCUCUCUCUGCCAAAGAUCCCCGGUGAAGGCCUAAUAUGAACAUCCUGCUCAUCUCGUUGCUGGCGUGCCUUGUUGUGGCACUGCCCUCAGAAAGUGCUCAAAAAGUCAAAUGGUGUGUGAAGUCACAGCAUGAACUGAAAAAAUGCCAACACCUUGCCACCAUAUAUCCAGAGCUUGAGUGUCAUCUUAAAUCUUCUCUAACUGAGUGCAUGAUAAGCAUCAAGACUGGUGAUGCAGAUGCUAUAACUGUAGAUGGAGAACAUGUUUAUCUAGCGGGACUCAAAAAUUAUGACCUCCAUCCUAUCAUUGCAGAGAGUAAUAAAGCUGAAUGUUCUUAUGCUGUGGCUUUGGUCAAGAAAGACUUCAGCAUCAACGAUCUCAAAGGAAAGACUUCAUGCCACAGUUGUUAUCAAAGCCCUGGAGGCUGGACUAUUCCCAUUGGAAGACUGGUUGCACAAAACAAGAUUCUCUGGGAUGGUCCUGAUGACAUGCCUCUUGAGAAGGCUGUGUCACAAUUCUUUUCAAGUAGCUGCAUUCCUGGAAUAUCGAAAGCACUGUACCCAAACCUGUGUCAAGCUUGCCAGGGUGACUGCAGCUGCUCAGACAGCGAAAAGUACUCUGGUGAUGGAGGAGCCUUCCAGUGCUUGAAAAGUGAUCAUGGACAAGUUGCCUUUAUGUGUUACGAUGCAAUCCCACCGAGCGAGAUGCAGAACUAUCAGCUGUUGUGCAUGGAUGGCACCAGGAAAAGCGUUGAGGAGUACAAGGACUGCUACCUCCUCAAAGAGCUUCACCAUGCUGUCAUCAGCCGCAAGGACGCUGAUUCACAGCAGAUUUAUAAAGUCCUUAAACAGAUUCCGGCUACAGAUCUUUUCUCUUCUGCUGCUUUUGGCGGAAAGGACCUGAUGUUCUCAGACAAAACAACUGAUCUGAUUGAGCUUCCCAAGAUCAUGGACUCCUUCCUCUACCUGAAAGAAGAUCAUUAUGAGGCCAUGCGUGCCCUUAGAGCUGGGAACCCACCAGCUCCACCUCAAGACGGUAAAAUUGAAUGGUGUACCAUUAGCCAUGCAGAGCAACAGAAGUGUGACAGUUUACAGAUUCCUCAUAUGGAGUGCCGAAGGGCAUCAUCUGUGGAUGAGUGCAUCAUGAAAAUCAUGCGCAAGGAAGCAGAUGCCCUUGCAGUUGAUGGUGGCCAGGUGUAUAUUGCUGGAAUGUGUGGCCUAGUUCCAGUAAUGGUUGAGCAGAGUGACCAACAAAGCUGUGAUGGCGGUGGAGAGGCCUCAAGUUACUAUGUUGUGGCCGUGGUGCGGAAGGGCUCAGGUGUAACCUGGAAAAACCUAGAAGGAAGAAAGUCAUGCCACACUGGCCUACACCGCAAUGCUGGUUGGAAAGUCCCAGAUUCAGCCAUAUGUGGCCAAACACCUGGCUGUACCCUAUACAAAUUCUUCAGUAAAGGCUGCGCUCCUGGUGCUGAUCCUCAGUCAAACAUGUGUGAACUGUGUAAAGGCAGUGGGAAGGCAGUGGGAGAUGAGAGCAAGUGCAAAGCCUCUUCUGAAGAAAUAUAUUAUGGCUAUGAUGGGGCUUUCAGGUGUCUUGUAGAAAAAACUGGUGAAGUUGCUUUCAUCAAGCACAAUAUUGUUGGGGAUUACACUGAUGGUAAAGGACCAGAGUGGACUAAGGGUAUGAAGUCAGAAGAUUUUGAACUGAUCUGUCCAGAAUUACCAGAUACAACAGUAAAACACACUGAAUUUAGUAGAUGUAAUCUUGCCAAAGUGCCAGCUCAUGCUGUGAUCACCCGAGAAGAUGCACGCAAAGAUGUGGUGAACGUUCUGAAGCAGGCUCAAGCCAAUUCAGACAAGCUGUUUAAGUCAGAGGGUGAAAGAAACCUCCUUUUCUCUGAUUCCACUAAAUGUCUUCAGGAGACUACUCAAACUUUAAAGGAAUUCCUGACACAAAAGUACAUUGACAUGAUUGAAAAGACCUACACGACUGUCCAGGGUAAACCAGAUCUGGUCAAGGCAUGCACAAUGUAAAUUUGUAUUUGUUAGUCAAGUUCCUAAAAGAAAUACACACUAAAUUCAAGCCAUUUGAGAUUUAUCUUGCAUGUUUCUCCCAAAUAAGAAUCUACAUUUCUGAAUCACUCUACUUCUCCUGAUAAGUUACCAGCAUGAGGAAAACACAAUGUUCAUGUUAUGCAGCAGUUCAUAUCUUAAUAUCAAAUUCAAAUCUAUGAUGAUCAAACUGUUCACACGCAUGAAGUUACAAUGUGAGCAAGUUUCUGUUUUAUUACCACAGGGGUUGAAAUAAAAAAAAAAUAAAAAAGAAAAAAAA